GUCACACCUGUUCGAGGGACAUGUUUUUCAUAUAGGCCUCGGUCACAGGGGGGACCAUCUCAGGGGACGUCUCGGGAUUGGGCCGAACAGUCUCGGAAGAUGGAAGAGAUGCAAGCGGAGCUACAUGCUGAGCGAGCGAGGAAUGACCGGUUGGAGCAGCGCGUGCAACAGUUCGACGGCAUAGAGCAGCGCUUGCGAGAGAUGGAGGUCUUCAUGUCCUCCAUGGGAGUACCAGCACCAUGUGUUGGUAAUCAGUCUUCUCCUGCACACGUAGGUAGUACGUCGUCCGUUGGUAGUGCAUCUGCAGGUAAUUCGACAACGGUUGGUACGUUGUCGCCUGUUGGACGACAGCUGAGCCAGCACUCCACUGUCGCUACACCUUCGCCCGCUACACCAUUCAUUGCGCAGCAAUCGCCGGUGGGCGAGAACACGCCUGGGACGGUACCUCGUGAUUCGCAGAGACGCCUUUCAGAUUUGUAGAUAUUUUGUGUAAUUAUUUUUUGUUCGUAAAUAUUUGCUUGUUAACGAAUAUGUUAUUAAUUAUUUGUUUGUGUAGUA